AUGAUGGGCCUUGAUUUGGUUACAAUUCAGCAGAGGAAUUUAACCCUGAACAACCUUCAUGUCCCCAAUGGAGAACCCCUUUUCCAAAACGGAGUGAGCGUUCAUUGGCUGGGAGAUUUUGUCUUUGUGGAGAGUGGCCUAGGGGUGAGGGUGAAGUUCGAUAUGGUCAACACCAUCCAUCUGACCGUCACUGCUGAACACCUGGCAGCCACUAGGGGGCUGUGUGGAAGCUACAACAAUGACCCAAACGAUGAUUUCACCACCAUACAUGGCACUGUGUCUCAGUACGCUGCAAGCUUCGGAAACUCGUGGAAAGUUCCUGACCAGCAGAAUGAAGGCUGUAGUGAUGCUGCUGAGCUGGGACACAGUUGUGACAUCUCAGGAGACAUGUCCCUACGCAGACAAGCUCAGUCUAUGUGUCAUCAGCUGCUAGAAAUACCCUUCACACAAUGCCACACCCGUUUGGACCCAGCAGCGUACAUCGAUACAUGCUUGUACCUUUUCUGUAGCCUGCCACCUAAGGAGCGGGAGGCAGCAGUUUGUGACACGCUGGCCAGCUAUGCUCGGGAGUGUGCUCAGCAACAUGUUAUCCUGUUGUGGAGGAGAGACACGUUAUGUGCUCGUGUUUGUCCCAGAGGUCAGGUCUUUUCAGACUGUGUGUCCUCUUGCCCCCCCAGCUGUACGUCCCCCCAACUUCCCGGACCAGCCGUAUCCACGGUCCAGUGCCGUGAGGAGUGUGUUGGGGGUUGCGAGUGUCUUCCAGGUCUGUACCUCCACCAGGGACACUGUCUCAAAAGAGAUGACUGUCCUUGUUUCCAUCGCCGACGUUCAUAUCAGUCAGGAGACAAAAUCCAGCAGAGAUGUAACACCUGCGUCUGCAGUGCAGGUCAGUGGCAAUGUAGCGAGGAGAAAUGUGCAGCUCAGUGCAGCCUGAUGGGGGCUCUACAUGUCACCACCUUUGACAAAAAGAGAUACUCACUCCAAGGAGGAGAUUGUCCAUUCACAACCGUGGAGGAUUAUGUUGACAGAAAGCUUGUGGUAAGUGUGCGCUGUGGCGAGUGCACAUCUGGAGGAGGAGGAAGAGCGACAGGCUGUCUGAGAGAAAUGUCAAUCACUGCCCUUCGCACCACAGUCACCAUCACAGACACUGGGGGCGUGACCCUAAAUGGGCAAAGGGAGCUGUUGCCCGUGGUUACAGGAGACCUGGUAGUGCGGAGGGCGUCUUCUUCUUUUCUCCUAAUCCAGACCUUUGGAGCUCAGCUCCUCUGGCACUUAGAUGGACCUCUCAUCAUCAUCACCCUGCAGCCUCACUUCACCAACAAGGUGCGCGGUCUAUGUGGAACAAUGACCUGGAACCAGCAUGAUGACUUCAUGACCCCAGAAGGAGAUGUAGAGAGCAGCGUCUCAUCUUUUAUUAGUAAAUUCACCACGGAGCACUGCAGCCUAUCCGGAGUAGCACCUCAGGACGCCUGCACUGCUUAUACCCAGAGGAGGAACUAUGCUGACUCUGUGUGCUCCAUCAUUCACAGCUCAGUCUUCCAGGCAUGUCACGAUGUCGUGGACAGGGAGCCUUACUUGCGCCUGUGUCUGUCAGAGGUGUGCAACUGUGUGACCCAGGAGUCCUGUCACUGCACCGUGCUCACUGCCUACGCCCGACACUGUGCCCAGGAGGGCAUCGCCGUCCAGUGGCGCAACCAAACCUUCUGCUUCGUCCAGUGUUCUGGCGGUCAGGUGCAUCAGGAGUGUGGUCGAGCAUGCGGUCGCACCUGUUCCGACCUGCAACAGGGCUGGGGCUGUGAUGAUGAUGAUGACGAUGCUGCAGGUGGUCUGUGCAUCCCUGGUUGCCAAUGCUCUGCAGGGCUUGUGCAGGACGACCAAGGCCAGUGUGUGCCCACAAGCAUGUGCCCCUGUGUGCAAGGAGACCAGACUUAUCUACCUGGAGAUGUUAUGGUGAACAACUGUAACACCUGUGUGUGUGAAAAGGGAAUGAUGAACUGCACAAUGGGCCACUGUGAAGAAGUCAACACGUGUCCUGGAUCUCUGAUCUACUCUCCACGUUCCUGCCUUCUCACCUGCUCCAGUCUGGACCCUCCCAGUCAGCAGCAAGGCUCGGGCCUCCUGAGCUGCAGAGAGCCGCUGUCUGGCUGUGUGUGCCCUCAAGGAAGUGUGCUCCUGGGUGAUCAGUGUGUCCUCCCAGCAGAGUGUCCAUGUCGCCAUAAUGGCCGCCUCUACUACAGCAACGAUACCAUCAUUAAAGAUUGCAACACCUGUGUGUGUAAGGAGCGCCAUUGGCACUGCAGCCAGUCUGCCUGCGCUGGCAUGUGCGUGGCUACAGGAGACCCUCAUUAUGUGACCUUUGAUGGCCGCUACUUCUCUUUCUUGGGCGACUGCCAGUACGUGCUGGCGCGGGAAACCGGUGGUUUGUUCAGCGUCACAGCAGAGAAUGUGCCCUGUGGGAGCACCGGGGUCACGUGUACAAAGUCUGUUACCCUCAGCCUGGGGAACACCAUCAUACACCUGCUGAGAGGUAAAGCAGUGACAGUUAACGGAAUGCCAGUUAUUCUACCAAAGACCUACAGUGGGAGUGGUCUGACUUUGGAAAUGAUGGGCAUGUUCGUAUCGCUCUCUUCCAGACUUGGCGUCACUCUGCUGUGGGAUGGAGGUAUGCGCCUUUAUGUACGCCUGGCGGCACACUUGCGGGGGAAGGUCGGAGGCCUGUGCGGUAACUUUGAUGGAGACACAGAGAACGACUUCACCACACGACAGGGAAUUGUGGAAUCCACGGCUGAGCUUUUCGGGAAUUCUUGGAAGGUCAGCCCCUCCUGCCCUGAUGUAGCAGACCAGGAGCUGCGAGACCCCUGCACAAUAAAUGCCCACAGAACACCCUGGGCCAGGAAAAAGUGUGGCAUCUUGACACAGGAGCUCUUCUCUCCUUGCCACCCUGAGGUGCCCUUCCAGCAGUAUUAUGACUGGUGUGUCUUUGAUGCUUGUGGCUGUGACUCUGGAGGUGACUGUGAGUGUCUGUGCACGGCCAUCGCCACCUACGCUGAGGAGUGUAACCGCAGAGGAGUCUACAUCCGCUGGAGGUCCCAGGAGCUCUGUCCCCUGCAGUGUGAAAAUGGACUAGAGUACGAUCCGUGCGGUCCAGCUUGCUCACAUUCGUGUCCGAGUGUACAGCCGAGUCCACACUCUCAGUGUGACGUCUUCUCCUGUGUGGAGGGAUGUUUUUGCCCUGCUGGUACUGUCCGACAUGGUGACAGCUGUGUUGUUCCUAAUCAGUGUCCAUGUGAAUGGGAGGACUCCAUGUUUCCACCUGGAACUACAAUCACUCAACACUGCCAGAACUGUUCUUGUGAGGAUGGUGAGUGGCAGUGUGAUGGCGUGGCUUGCCCUCCUCCUGCCCCAUCGUGUUUGGAAUCAGAGUUUUCCUGUGCAAGUGGACGCUGCAUCCCCUCUCAGUGGGUGUGUGACAAUGAAGAUGACUGCAGCGAUGGCUCUGAUGAAAUUUGUCCAUUCACGUGCUCUCCAGAACAAUUCCGCUGUGCCAGUACACCCGGUGGACCAUGUCUGAACUUGGCUUUGCGUUGCGACGGCCACCCAGACUGUACUGACCAAUCAGAUGAGGACUUCUGUGGACCCCCCACUCCAGUUCCCCUUUGCCCAGUGGGGGAAUUUCAAUGUGAGAACGGAAAAUGUCUGUCUUCCAGUCGUGUGUGUGAUGGACGUCUGGACUGUGGCUUCGCUGACGGUUCUGAUGAACGAGACUGUGGAGUGGUGUGUGAUAAAGGGGAGUUCCUGUGUGCUGGAGGACGCUGUAUUCUCUACCUCCAUCGAUGUGAUGGCCACGAUGACUGCGGAGACCUCAGCGAUGAAAGGGGGUGUGUGUGCGCACAAACUGAAUUUCAGUGUCCGGGUGACCAGUGUGUCUCUGCAAAGAAAGUGUGUGACGGACAUCCAGACUGUCCAUCUGGAACAGACGAAGCGGUCUGUCCAAGAAAAGUAACAUGUGGACCCAACCAAUUUGCCUGCAGUGAUGGCACAUGUGUUGCCAUGUCUAUGCUUUGUGACGGAACACAAGACUGCCCGGCUGGAGAGGAUGAGAACAGAUCCAACUGCUACUCUUUCAUAACCCCGCCUCCUUCACCUAUGACCCCUACUUUGCUGAGUCCGGCUUGUUGGUCCUAUGAGUUUGAAUGCGCCACAGGAGGGCAGUGUGUGCCUCAGGCUUGGCACUGUGACGGUGAGACGGACUGUUUGGAUGGUAGUGAUGAGCAGCCGUGCCCAUCACUGUGUGGUCCUGGUCAGGUGUCCUGCCUGAGUGGGGACCAGUGUGUGCGUUACCAGCAGCUUUGCGACGGCCACAGAGACUGCAGAGAUGCCUCGGAUGAAAGUGUAGACAAUUGUGGCUCUGCCCGGAUACCUCCCUGCCCAGACAGCUUCUCGUGUGAUAAUCGAACCUGUGUCAACAUGACUAAAGUGUGCAACGGAUUUCCAGAUUGUCCCAAGGGCGACGACGAGUUGGUUUGUGGAAAAAAUGUGUCACCAGCACCUCCUGGUGGUAAGAAUACUACCGUUGCCUGUCCAGAAUUCACCUGUCUUGAUGGCUCCUGUAUCCAUUUCAACAUGGUGUGUAAUGGUGUUGGAGACUGCCCGGACUCCUCAUUGGCACCAUUUGGAGGCCCUACAGACGAGCAGGGAUGUAGAAGCUGGAGCUCCUGGGGUCCAUGGAGUCCCUGCAGCACCUCCUGUGGUACAGGCUCCAUGAGCAGGCACAGAUCGUGUUCUUCAGGAGAUCUUUUGCACCACUGUCGGGGUCAGGAUGUCCAGAAGCAGCAAUGCUUCAACACCACCUGUCCUGUUGAUGGUCAGUGGCUGCCAUGGGUGACUUGGUCAAACUGUUCCAGUGGUUGUGGAGGAAUCCAGGUCCGACACAGAGGCUGUAUCCCCCCUCGAAAUGGAGGCCGAGACUGCUCCCAGCUCCCAGGAUCAUCCAAUCUCAACAUGGAAAUCAAGCCUUGUCCUGUGGACGGAUGUUCCAACACUAGCUGUCCAGCUGGCCUGGUGAGGCACAAGUGUGCUCCCUGCCCACUGUCCUGUGCACACAUCAGCAGCGGGACGACCUGUGAUUCCAAAGCACCGUGCUUCUCAGGUUGCUGGUGCCCAGAAGGCCAGGUAAUGAGCCACACACAAAAGUGUGUGAUACCAGAGGAGUGUGUGUGUGAAGUGGCAGGUGUGCGCUACAGACCAGGCCAGCAGAUGAAGGUGGACUGUGAGAUUUGUGUUUGUGAAAAAGGAAGACCUCAAAGAUGCAAGCCCAACCCAGACUGCUCUGUGCACUGUGGAUGGUCUUCAUGGUCUGAGUGGGGGGAAUGUUUGGGACCCUGUGGGGUUCAAAGUGUCCAGUGGUCGUUCCGGAGUCCAAACAACCCCACCAACAAUGGAGAUGGGAAAACAUGUAGAGGAAUCUACCGGAAAGCACGUCGAUGCCAGACUGAGCCCUGUGAUGAGUGCGAGUACCAGGGUCAGUCCCAUGCUGUAGGAGACAGGUGGAGGUCCGAUUAUUGCCACCUGUGUCAUUGCCUGCCGAACCUCACGGUGCAGUGCUCCCCCUACUGCCCAUAUGCUGACACUGGAUGCCCACAGGGCCACAUUCUAGUGCCUGGAGAGGAAGACACAUGUUGCUACUGUCAAGAAAACAAUGAAACUUCUGCAGUGACAAUAAUUCCAUACACAACAACCUUCAAGCCAGGAGAAGGCGUCACCCCUCUCAUUCCCACCUACCCACUGCCUUCUGGUGAUGAGUGCUGGUCUCCUUUGGGUGUUCAGUUUCUGCCGCCCUCCAGCUUCCAGGCUUCCUCUCAGCAACCUGGUCACCCCCCUGAGGCAGCUCGCCUCCACGGCUGGGACCCUCACAGUGACCUCCAGGGCUGGAGUCCAGAACCAGAAGAGUACAAAGAUCUACCUCAGAGGAGCCCUGAGGGUCACAGUGGCAGCAGGCAAAGUCCUUAUAUCCACAUUGACUUGCUGAAACAAUACAACAUCACUGGUGUCCUAACGCAGGGCGGUGGAGUGUUUGGAACAUACGUGUCUAGUUUCUACCUCCAGUUCAGCCAAGACGGAAGACAGUGGUACACUUACAAAGAGCUUGUCACGGACGCAUGGCCCAGAGCGAAGGUCUUUCAUGGUAACUACAACGACGGAGGCGUUGCUGAGAUCAGACUGGACAGGAUGGUGUCGGCUCAGUUUGUCCGCCUGCUGCCACACGACUUCAAUAAUGGAAUUUAUCUUCGUCUUGAGAUUAUGGGAUGUGAAGAUGGUCACUACUGGGCAACCUUACCUUCACCAAGUGUCUUGCCAGCAGGUAGCUGCGGAGAAAAAGAGCUCCAGUGUAAAAAUGGUGGCUGUGUGCCAGCAGGCCCUUCAGGAGUCAUCUGUGACGGCGUCGACGAUUGUGGUGACGGAUCAGAUGAGAUGUACUGUGGCACACAACCUUACCCAACUCCCAGCAGUCCUUACAGAUGCCCCAGCAGUCAGUACACAUGCCUCCCACCAGGGGGCUGCAUUGACCCAGGAAAACUUUGUGAUGGCACUCCCCACUGUCCCCAAGGAGAUGACGAAACUGGCUGUCAUGUGCAUGAAAACAUCACCACCCAGUCUGACAGACCACACACACCCACUCCAGCCCCCAUUAGGACUCCUUCCAGACCUACUGUUACACGUUCUCCAUUAACACCUACAGAUGGUGGGCCAGGAUACCGUGGAAUCUGCUCCUCUGCACUCGGACUGGAGGAUGGAAGCAUUCGUUAUGGCCAGCUAAGCUCGUCCUCACAUCGUGAGAACAAUCCUGCUGACGCGGGUCGCUUGAAUAUCAUUCCCAAUAUUCAGGUUAUGGAGCCUGGAUGGAGCCCCUUACCAACAGACCCCCAACCGUACUUUCAGGUUGAUUUCCAGGAGCCCACGUGGGUGUCAGGGGUCGUGACCCAAGGUAGCGAGCGCAUGUGGGGUUACCUCACCAAGUACAGACUCGCCUUUGCCUUGCACAGCAGCGUCUUUAGCAACUACACUCAGGAUGGCAAACCUACUGGUCCUGCUAAGGUGUUUGAGGUGCGCAUGGUAGGUAGGAAACCGGUGACUCGUUGGCUCAGCAGGCUGGUCAGGGCCCGCUACCUACGAAUCAUACCAGUGGAGUUCAGACACACCUUUUACCUGCGUGCUGAGAUCCUCGGAUGCAGAGGAGAUGAGCUGGUGACCCCCAGCAGCUUUACGCUGACACGGCAACACUGUAAGCCCGGGCAGUUUGCCUGCCAGCAGAGUGAACAAUGUGUUCCUAUUUCUGUACUGUGUGACGGAAGACUGGAUUGCAAAGAUCACUCUGAUGAGAUGAAUUGUGGAUCUCCAGGCUUACAGAAUCAGACCAGUUUCCCAGGGAGACCAGGUUUCCACAGUGACAGUCCAACAGGUGCUCCAGGUGUCUAUACCACCAAGUCACUAGGUGGUUUGCCAGGUGUGGCCACAUCUGGGGUCACACGGCAGCCUGGACUAUGGAAAACCAGCGCUUCAAACACCGGAUGGACUACUGGCCAGCCUGCACUGCACGUCACGCCGUCCUUCCAGCCUGGAGGUCCUGGCUUACAAACAUCAAGGGCCCAGUGGAUCAUCACAAGCGCUCAGGAUGGAGGCUUGCCCAGAGUGUUUUGUGUAGCAGGACAAUUUGCAUGCCGCUCAUUUGGCUGUGUGGACUCGGCUCAGGUGUGCGACGGCAGGCAGGACUGUUUGGACGGGUCCGAUGAAGAGCGCUGUGGUUCCUCAGUGAGUCCGGCCACUACACAGCGCCCCCUAGUGCCGAGCCCCUGCUCUCCCAAGCAGUUCCUUUGUAGUAGUGGCGAGUGUGUACACCUGGACCGCAGAUGUGACCUGCAGAGGGACUGUACAGAUGGUUCUGAUGAGAAAGACUGCGUUGACUGCAUCAUGUCUCCAUGGACAUCAUGGAGUAUGUGCAGUGUUACCUGUGGCUUGGGCUCGUUAUUUCGACAAAGAGACAUUAUUAGGGAAGCCCUACCAGGAGGAUCCUGUGGUGGUGCCCAGUUUGACAGCCGCGCCUGCUUCCCAAGACCAUGUUCAGUUGAUGGUCAUUGGUCAGGGUGGACUGAGUGGUCAGAAUGUGAUGCUCAGUGUGGUGGCGGUGUCAGGGAGAGGAGCAGAACCUGUUCCUCACCUCCUCCCAAAAAUGAUGGGAGGGAUUGUGAAGGCAUGACCCAGCAGAGUCAGAGCUGCAACAGCCAGCCAUGCACCAAAGACACGGGAACGCAGACCGGUUGUGUCAGUGGCAUGGUGCUUGUGUCUGAGGAAGACUGCCUGGCCGGGAGAGUCCAGUCUUGUCCUCCGACAUGCUCACAUCUUAGUUUCACCAACAACUGUACUGAAGAAUGUACAACAGGGUGCCGCUGUCCAAAUGGCAUGUACUUACAGGGAGGACAGUGUGUGGAAGCCAGCCAAUGUGUCUGUCAAUGGAACGGCCAAAUAUUGCAGCCUGGACAGACCAUCAGCAGGGACAAUUGUACGACAUGUGUAUGCAAGGAUGGACACGUCACCUGCGACUCUUCCGACUGCAUGCUUAGCUGUCAGUGGUCAGCCUGGUCGUCAUGGUCACCAUGUGACGUCACCUGCGGGCUUGGGCUCCAACAACGAUACAGGUCUCCAAUAAACCAGACAGGAGCCAUCAGAGGACUCCUGUGCCCAGGAGACUUAUCAGAAGUCCGCCGCUGCUCCAUCCCUUGCAUCACUGACCAACCGGAUGGGGUUUGGAGUAAAUGGACCAGCUGGUCAGAGUGCAGUAAGACGUGUUUCCAUCAUGUUGACGAUGUGGGAAUCCGGCAACGAUUCCGCAGCUGCAACCACAAUCAUACUCACACGCCUUCCUGUGAUGGAGACAACAUAGAGCAGGAGCCUUGCAACACGGUGCACUGUGCAGUGGACGGCAGCUGGUCUGCAUGGUCCAUGUGGUCUCUCUGUUCCUCUGAUUGUGACUCUGGUGUUCAAACUCGAGAGCGGUUCUGCACUUCACCUCCACCACAACAUGGAGGCAGCAGCUGUCCUGGUCCACACGUUCAGACGAGAGACUGCAAUGCUCACCCCUGUACAGGUGUGUGCCCAGAAGGCAUGACUUACUUGACAGCAGCAGAGUGUGAGCAGCAAGGAGGUGCAUGUCCUCGUGUGUGUUUGGACAUGACCUCCACUGAAGUGCAGUGUGCCACCGCCUGUUACGACGGCUGCUACUGUGAGCUCGGCUUCUACCUGCUCAACGGCAGCUGUGUGACUUUGUCCCAGUGUCCUUGUUACCACCAGGGGGACCUCUACCCAGCUGGGGUCGCUCUGUCUGUAGAUGCCUGCAACAACUGCACAUGCAUCAAUGGAAAAAUGGAAUGUGGAACAAAGCCUUGUCCUGUGGACUGCGGCUGGAGCAGCUGGACCCAGUGGAGCGCCUGUAGUCGAACAUGUGAUGUUGGUGUGAGGAGGCGGUACCGUUCAGGAACCAAUCCCCCACCAGAGUCUGGAGGUCGUCCCUGCGAAGGCGUCAGGGUUGGCAUGGACACCUGCAGCGUUGAACCUUGUUUUGGUGUCAAAGAACCAUGGAGUUUGUGGUCCGAGUGCUCAGUGACGUGUGGAGGAGGUUACAGGACCAGAACCCGGGGACCCAUCAGAGUUCAUGGCACUUCACAACAGUUCAAUGCCUGUAACCUGCAGCCAUGCGAUGCUGGCAGAGUGUGUCCGGCAGGUCAGCAGUGGGAGCAAUGUGUGAGGGGAGCAGUGUCGUGUUCAGAUGUCACAAUGGGCCUCAGUCGUAAUUGUACACCAGGCUGCCAGUGUCCACCUGGGACUUUCCAACAGGAUGGAACGUGUGUCCAUGAAUCUGAGUGUCGCUGUGAUGUUGAUGGAGAGAAAUAUAAACCAGGAGGAAUUGUUCCCUCAGACUGCAAAAAUUGUACAUGUGAAGCGGGGAGACUAGUAAACUGUUCUCAAGCCAUCUGUAACGUUGAUGGGCAGUGGUCCUUGUGGACUCCGUGGGGUCACUGCUCAGUGUCAUGUGGAGCAGGUCUGCAGUCCAGAUAUCGCUUUUGUUCCAGCCCUCAGCGCUCUGGCAGCGGCUUGUCAUGUCUGGGACCCAAUCGUGAGGACAGAGUCUGUGUCAACACUUUGUGUGACCGUGAUGGUAGUUGGGGUCCAUGGAGGGACUGGACAGAGUGUACCAAGUCUUGUGGUGGAGGUGUUCAUAGCCGCAGGAGAGAAUGUGACAGUCCAAGUCCAGAAGCAGAUGGAAAUUACUGUGAGGGUCUUGGAACAGAUAUCAAAGCCUGUAACACCAACCACUGCCCAGUGGCGCCGUGCUCCAAGGUGCCUGGUACAGUGUUUAGUAGCUGUGGUCCUUCUUGUCCACGCUCCUGUGAUGACCUGGCAUACUGCGAGUGGCUUUGUGAGCCCGGGUGCUACUGUACAGGAGGAAUGGUCCUGUCAGCUAAUGGUACAGUUUGUUUAGAGAGAGACAAAUGUCCCUGCCUUGAUCUUACAACUGGACGUCGGCUGGAGCCUGGAGACGUCACUUUGGCCGCGGAUGGCUGUAAUAACUGCACCUGUGAGGAGGGGAAGCUGAACUGCACCCAAAAACCUUGUCCAGUACCAGGUGACUGGUGUGAGUGGUCUGAUUGGACUCCAUGUUCCAAGACCUGUGGGGCAGAAUCGGUGUCUCGUUACAGAAGUUGUUCCUGUCCUGAACCUAAAGCUGGCGGGGUGUCUUGCUCUGGAGGCCAGGAAGUUCACAAUGGAGUUGGUGUUCAAAUCCAGACACAACCUUGUCCUGUCGUCACCUUUUGUCCAGUCCACGGUUUUUGGAGUCCCUGGUCAACAUGGUCAGCGUGUGAUGGAUGUGCCGGGUUGUCCACUCGCACAAGGGACUGUGACAGACCUCCUGCCCGCUUUGGCGGGCUGCCUUGUAUUGGAGCGAGAAUGCAGAGCCGUGGUUGCCAUGACAAUGACACUGUGUGCUCAGACUGUGAUGGAGGCCAGGUAGACUGGCCCUGUGGCAAACCUUGUCCUCGCUCCUGUUCUGAUCUCCAUGGCGACACCGAAUGCCAGGACUUUCCAGAGUGCAGCAGGACUUGUGGUUGCCCGGGUGACAUGGUCCUGCAGGAUGGGGUGUGUGUAUCCAGGGAAGAGUGUCGCUGCAAAUACGACAACAGCUCCUCUGCUGAUUUCAGAAAUGCGUCAUGGCCAAACCAAGCUGAUUGGCAGUUUGCAAGUCAUGGAGAAGAAAUCAUCAUGGACUGCAAAAACUGUUCCUGCCAAGCUGGAGUGUUGCUCUGUGAUCCACUUCCUGGCUGCUACGUAGACGGUGGCUGGAGUCAGUGGGGGGCGUGGUCACCGUGCUCACUUACCUGUGGAGGAGGAGUUCACUCCAGGAGACGCCAGUGUGAUAAUCCUUUUCCUCAGAGUGGUGGCAGAGGUUGUCAGGGAAUUACUGAUCAGCAGAGGGAAUGCAACACACACCUGUGCACAGACUCUGUGGGCCCUUGGCUGCCAUGGUCACAGUGGUCGCUGUGUUCAGUCAGUUGUGGUGGAGGCCAACAGUCCAGGUAUCGGACGUGCAGCUCAUUAUCCUGCAGUGGAAUCAGUCGCCAGAGCAAGACUUGCAACACUGAAGUUUGUCUUGAGGUGGGAUGUCCCCCAGGCAGACUUUAUAGAGAGUGUGAGCGAGGGGAGGGAUGUCCCUUCAGCUGUGCCCAGAUAAGCGGCAGGGAGGGCUGCUAUUCUGAUGGCUGCGAGGAAGGCUGCCACUGCCCCUUAAACACUUUCCAACAUGACGGACUCUGCCUGAAUGAAUGUCCCUGCCUGGUCGAUAAGGAAUUUCUGUCCUCCCUUGCAAGCGUCUCCAUCAUGCCCAACUCAACUCCACUUCUCCAGAAUAUCUCUGAGGGUGUAGAGCUGCAGCCUGGAGACACGGUGGUCCACGACUGCAGCUCAUGUGUCUGUGAGCACGGCAGGUGGAACUGUUCCUUAGAGUACUGUCCAGUGGACGGCGGUCUGUCAUCCUGGGGCCCCUGGAGCCCCUGCUCGCUGUCUUGUGGAGGCCUUGGGCUGAAGAGCCGCUCUCGAGGCUGCACCCAGCCUGCUCCCGCUCAUGGAGGGAGAAACUGCCAUGGACCAUACCUUGAAAGCACGUACUGUCAGGCUCCUGACUGCCCAGUUGUUGGUCCAACUGAAGAACCAACCUUACCAGAUGAGGAUGCUGGCUUCACUGGCUGGUCAACAUGGAGUCCGUGCACUAAAACGUGCAGCGAUGCUCGCUCACCGGCCAUGAAGUCACGUCAUCGUCAAUGCGUCAGACCCCCGUGCCUUGGGGACAUUCACCAAGACAAAGCCUGCAACCUUCCUCAGUGUUCAGAUGAUGAUAAAGCCUGCGUAGGUGAGGAUUGUGAAAAAAGGGACUGUGCCUGGAAAGAGUGGGGGCAGUGGGGAUCCUGUUCACGUUCCUGCGGAGUCGGCCAGCAGCAUAGGAUCAGAACCUUCAUCAGUCCUGGUACCAACGGCUCGUGGUGUGACGACAUCUUAGGAGGAAACUUGGAGCAGCGCUUCUGUAACAUCAAACCCUGCAGAGUGGAUGGAGGAUGGUCCAGAUGGAGUCCGUGGUCACUCUGUGAUAAACUUUGUGGCGGAGGUCGUUCUAUUCGCACACGUUCUUGUUCCAGUCCUCCUCACAAGAAUGGAGGAAAGAACUGUAAAGGAGAGAAGAAUCAAGUCAAACCCUGCAACACUAAACCUUGUGAUGAACAAGGAUGCCCACCAGGACAGGAAGUAGUUUCCUGUGCCAACGAGUGUCCACAGCGCUGCUCUGACCUGCAGCAGGGCAUCGAGUGCCAGACCAACACUGAAUGUCAGCCUGGUUGCCGUUGCCCCAAAGGUCAGCUGCAGCAGGACGGCGUGUGUGUGCACCUCUGGCAGUGCGACUGUGUGGACUCGCAGGGUCAGGUAUGGGCCGCUGGCAGUUGGCACCAAGUAGAUUGCAACAACUGCAGCUGCUCCAGUGGACAGUUCACCUGCACCAAUCACACCUGUCAGCCUACAUGCACGUGGAGCUCCUGGUCCAGUUGGGCAUCAUGCAGCGUUUCCUGUGGGCAGGGCCGGAGAACUCGAUACAGAUCUCUAAUCGCAGAAACCGAAGGAUCAGACUGUCAGUUUGAGGAAGUCCAGCAUAAGUCUUGUGAGCCAGGACCCUGCCCUCCUCUUUGUCUCCAUGACGACCAGGAGCUCCACGUCGGAGACACCUGGCUGCAGGGAGAAUGUCAACAAUGCACUUGUACUCCAGAGGGAGAUUAUUGCCAAGAUAUCGAUUGCAGAGUGGACGGCGCUUGGACUCCAUGGUCUGUGUGGUCUGACUGCUCAGUGACUUGUGGACAAGGAACCCAAGUUCAAACACGUGCUUGCAUCAACCCUCCACCUCGUAACAACGGUUCUCAGUGUGACGGUUCAGAGAAGCAGACACAGGAUUGCCAUGCUCCUCCUUGUCUGGAUGACCUCUGCCCCUGGUCGCCAUGGUCGCCAUGUUCCCGGACGUGUGGCGCGGGGUCUGUUGUGCGGCGUCGAGUGUGUCUGUGCGGGAAGGGAGGAAGUGCAGCCUGUCCUGCUGAAAUUGAGGCUCAGAUGAGCCAGGAAGAGAACCAGCUGUGUUUUAAACAGCCUUGUUCAGAAUGUCCCAUGACAGGAUGGAGUGUUUGGUCUCCAUGCUCAUGCGAGUCUCAAAGGCAGCAGCGAUACCGUGUAGCUGUCACACCAGCCACUAGGGGACAGCAGUGCUCUCCUGUAGAAACAGAGAGCAGGCCGUGCAGCCUCAGUCACUGUGAUGAAGAAUGUGAAGCCCCAUUUGAGUUCUCCUCAUGUGGCUCCCCUUGUGACAAGCUUUGUGAACUUCAUGGACGUACAGAUCUGUGCUCGGGUGUCAGGGAGUGUACACCCGGCUGCUACUGCCCUACGGGUUUGCUGCAGCAGAAUGGUAGUUGUGUACCUUCAGAGCAGUGUGGUUGCAUCUACUUGCAGCACCAAGCUGCAGGACAACCACUCACACCUGUCACUGUUCCUCAGGGGGCCACCAUCACCCUCGGAUGUAGUACCUGCCUUUGCUAUGAUGGGACUUUAGAGUGUGACAUGAGAGAGUGUGAAGUUGUUCUCAGUGAGUGGUCAGAGUGGACCCCCUGCUCGCCCUGCAUGCCCUCCUCCUCCCUGCCCCCGACCAGCUCCCUACUUGAAUGGGCCGUGAAUGGCAGUAAAAUGAUCUCAGUCCAGAGGCGCUUCCGGGCUUGUUUGGACUUUGAUUCUGGUUUUCCAGUGUCUGAAGAGCAAGCCAAAAGCCGAUGUCCACAACUACAGGAAGAGGACAGGCUGUGCUACGAUGCUCGCAUUUGCCAGGAUGUGUGUCAGUGGAGUGCAUGGAGUACAUGGACAGUGUGUGCCGAGCCAUGCAGUGGGGGAGUCAGGCAGCGCUACAGGCGGCCUCUGGCCUCACCUCCAGGACCACGAUGUGGCAGCCAGCAGACACAAAGCCAGAGCUGCAACACAGGACUUUGUCCAGGUGAACGCUGUGAAGAUCGGGGGCGGACCUACCAGGAGACAUGUGCCAAUCAGUGUCCUCGUAGCUGCACAGACUUAUGGGAGCAUGUCCAGUGUCUGCAGGGAGCUUGUUAUCCUGGUUGUCGCUGUCCAGAGGGACAGUUAUUGCAGGACAGUCGUUGCGUUCCUGUGACAGAAUGCCGUUGUGGUGUUCCGUCAGGAAAUGGAACAUUGCAGUACGUCCCAAAUGAAGAGCUUGUUGUAGACUGCAACACCUGUGUGUGUCAGAAUGCUACUUUGGUUUGCACCAAUCUUACCUGUCCUGUCUAUGAGCCUUGGAGUGAAUGGACCAUCUGUUCAGUGACUUGUGGGCGUGGCCAGCGCACAAGAACACGCCUUUGCCAAGACACAGAGGGCGGCCCUUCUUGUUCUGACACCAUGCAGACAGGAAGUUGUGACCAGGGCGCAUGUCCAGCGGGAUGUUUGUUAAGCCAAUGGUCAUCUUGGAGUGAGUGCAGUGUCUCGUGUGGCGGUGGCUUGUCCAUGCGCAACAAGACCAUCCUUCAGGACUCAGAGCCUGGUGGAACUGUCUGUGAGAGACCUCUUGAACAACAUACUGUCUGUAACAGCCACAACUGCACAGCCGUGUGUCCCAAUGGUCAGGUGUUCAGUGAAUGUUCCACUUCCUGUCCAUACACGUGUGAGGACAUGUGGCCUCACACCCAGUGUCUACCAGGACCUUGCAGUCCAGGAUGCUCCUGCCCCCCUGGACAGCUGCUUCAUGGGGGAGUGUGUGUGUCACUCAAAGACUGUCCCUGCUCACUGCUGUCUCUGCCGACUGUCUACCAAAACUUAAAUAUAAGCAUGGAAGAGAAGACAGAAGUCUUGGUGCCACCUGGAACAUCCUUCCAGCACAUCUGUAACACCUGUGUGUGUCAAGGAGGAGCGUUUAACUGCACCUCAGAGCUCUGUGAUGUGGACUGUGAGUGGUCCAGUUGGUCCCAUUGGACUUCAUGCUCAGCCAGCUGUGGUGCAGGACAGCAGAGAGCUGCAAGAACUGUGUUGCAGCCACGUCUGUAUGGAGGAACCCCGUGCGAGGGCCCGGACCACCGUACUGCUGCCUGCAUGGCCCCUGAUUGUGCGUGUCCUGAUGGGGAGCGAUGGAAGAGGAGCUUGUCGGAGAAUUGGCCGUUGUGUGAGCGAAGCUGUGAGGACGUUUACUCUCCAACUCCUGUCAACUGCAGCAACUCCUGGGAGGGCUGUGUGUGUCAGGAGGGGCUUUAUCGUAACAAGGAGGGGCUUUGUGUCAUCCCUGCUCUCUGCCCCUGCCAUGACCAGGGCAUCGUGCGGGAGGCAGGAUCAGAGUGGGAAGAUGGCUGCCUGUCAUGUCGUUGUGUGAACGGGAACAAACUUUGUCUGCCAAGGUGUCCUGAAAUUCACUGUGAUGAGGGAGAAAUUAAAGUUGAGGAACCAGGAAGCUGCUGCCCCGUCUGCAGGAAACAUUUUCCAGGUGAACCUGUGCCCGAGUGUCGUCGUUACGUACAAGUCAAGAACAUCACGAAGGGAGACUGUCGCCUUGACAACGUGGAGGUUAGCUUCUGCAGGGGACGAUGUCUGUCCAGGACUGAUGUCAUCUUGGAGGAGCCCUACCUGAGGUCCGUGUGUGACUGUUGCAGUUACCGUUUAGACCCCGACACACCUGUUCGCUUCCUCAACCUGCAGUGUGACAGCGGUGACAGCGAGCCGGUGGUCCUUCCCGUCAUACACAGCUGUGAGUGCACCAGCUGCCAAGGAGGCGACCUGUCCAGGCGAUGAGCAUAAGUAAUAUUUUUAUUAUGUUAUUCAUUCACAUAGAUGUAUUGAUAAAAAAAACAAUAAGACAACAGUCAGAUUGAUGGCUCAUCACUUGUUCAAAAGCACACUUCAAACCAAACGUUUUUGUUAUCAUGUAAAUCCAUUCACAAUUUUUCAACCUUUUCUUCUUUUCUUUUAUAUCACAUUAAAGGACCUUUCAUCCCUGAUCUACAUACACUAGAACCCGCUUAUGUCGACAGCACGUUUAUAUAUCUACAACCCAUUUAUGUCAAGUCAUGGUCCAGAGUUUUGUAUUUUUUUACUAAAAGUUGAUGUCAUAUUAAAAAACUGAGUCAACAAAGUAAUUUCUACAAAGAAAUCUUCCGCUUAUGUGCUCUAGUAUUGUUAACCUAGUCAUUUUCACUAAGCAGCAACACAAAUACGGUCUAAUUACACAACAUUAAAACAUGCAUAAAGCAUUGCAAUAUUAUUUUGGCUUCUCCCGUGACUUACAAAAUGUACACUUUUAUUUAUUGUAUUUCAGAUGGAAAUACUCGUGCAUAUAUGAAAAUUUUAUUGUCACUGUAAUCAAAACAUACACAAAUCAUCACUGUGUCUGUUGGUUAAUAUAAAAUAUAUGAAAACCCAAGAAUAUUAAGACAAAUAUGCACACACGGAGGAAAAUCAUGUCAACACACAAAAAUACUUCUACAAUCUCAAUAUAUCAUACUGUAAGUUAAUGUGCAGAAAUGACUAGUUUCAGUUCAGUUUGUGGUUAUGUCGACAGCCGCUUAAAUCCAGUCUGAGAAGCGUCGACAUAAACGGCUUCCACUGUACGUCUUCUUCUUGUUUGUCCUGUGCAGACUUUCCCCACUCUAUUUUUUUGUAUGGAAGACCUUUUGAUCUGUUCUCAAUAUGACUUUUCUGCAUUAAAUGACGAUUCAAACUUGUUCAACACAAAUCAUGUGCAAAUAACUGUGUGAUUACUCGUAAAGACAAAAAUAAA